ACAUUUGCUGUUCAGUACGUAAUACUAAAAUAUGGCAGUAGUUAAUUUUGAGCCCCAGCACUUCGCUGAGGGCCGGUUCAGAUAUGCCUACAAAGGACACUAUACUGCUCCACCACACAAGGCAGGGAAGCCCUGUGUUGUAAAGAAGAUGAAAGAGAGCUACACUUGGAAACAUACUGAUUGGAGCGAAACUCUGCAGAUACUGGAGACAUCAAAACAGCUGGCUGUUGGUUUCAACAAAUACUCUGAAACAAAAUAUCCAGUGAAAUUUGUGGAUGUGGAAGUGUCUCCAGUCACACAAAUCAGAGAUAAAACAGCAUAUAAACUACAAGAAUACCUCACAGUGGAAGACUACAUCCCAGGAGACUACAUGAAGUGGUGCAAUAACUACGGGUUCAUUGAUACUAGAGAUGUAUUGAUGCCAGCGUUUGCCCAUUGGUCCUGGGCACACACCAAGGGAGAAAAAAUGAUCGCAGACCUUCAAGGAGUGAGAAACGACACUGGCUACAUACCUCCCUACGUACUUCCCAGCGGUUCCUACAUCCUAACCGACCCUUGUCUACUCUCAAACACGUAUGGAGGCAAAUACGGGAGCACAGACACUGGAAUCGAGGGCAUAGCAAUGUUCUUCCUGAACCACACCUGCACUGAUUUCUGCAUAAACCUCCGUAAGCCAAGCUUGGCUAAUAUACCAAAGCACAUGCUUGACAAAGCUCUGGGGAUCAAAUCGAGUAUCGGAACAUCAACUGCAUAUUCACAUGAGAUAACUUUCCCGAAGGAUAUUCGUAACACUCUGAUCACACUGUUCAAGCGAAUAGCAAACACAGCCACUGUCUAAUAGAACAAUUUGCGGGAUUAGUUGAGUGCUGCUAGCUACAUGUACAGGACAUAUUGUAGUGUAUUUAAAUUAUAGUCGUACAGAUUUCAGUAAAUGAUUUUGAUCAAGUUCUAUUACUUCACAACAUCGUCUGACGGCAAUGGGAGGGUGGAAGGCUUAAGAUUUGAAUGGCAAAUUUUGUCUGUAGCUUACUUACAGCAACUGUACUUUAGCAUGUGUGUAUGCGCUAGUGGCUGCACGUGUGGGGAAGGCAUGCAUGUGACCAGAAGCCACACCCAUAUCAGCAUGACAUAUUCUUCGAAGUAAAGCCGCAAAUAGUCUACCCUCACGUUAACUACAUAUAAAGAUGAGAUCAUAAUUAUACUACUGUAACAUUAUGUUUCAAACGAGGCGUCUUUCGAUUUGAAUUUCCACAAAAUUAUGCACAAUUAAUUUCCCAUGUUUUGCCAAUAGUUCGAACACAAUCAAUGCUUGUACAGUGUCAUUCACAAACCAGAAACCUUGCAUUCGAAACCUGAUAUACGGAAUGUUAAUGUUAUGACGGUAUAAAUAUCAAAUACUAAACUAUGUGUGCUAUCAGCACAGUUGAUGCGAUUGCGCAACAAUCACUGCUAUAUAUACACCAAGAAAGAGGAGACAUCACACACUAUUUUGUAGAGAGCAAGUGCUGUUGUGAGUGCUAGUGAGAGAUCUCUUCUUUUGAUACAGGAAACCACCUUGAGGUUGAACCAUUUGUGAUCGAGAUUAUGGAUACAUCAAAACAGCAAGCCGCCUCUGGUAUGUCUCAAAUCUUACGAACGACAUAUAUAAGCCUGAAUGCAGACUUUCAAGGGGUGAGGCCUGCACCGGGACGGCAGUUCACUAGUGGGGCCCAAAAGAAUCACUUGGAAUUUCAUUUGUAGUGAUUGCAGCAGACCUGAUUGCAGACCCACCAAGACAGCCGGCUGUUCAGCCCCAAGAGUUGCCAUCUACUCACGUGACAUUUUAUAACCACUGGGAGUAUAGCAGACCUACAGGACAGUGAUCCUUGGGCCUAUUCUUACCGUCUUCCUAACCAUUCCCACUACAUUUAAAACUCAAACUCAAUUACUAACAUAAUUAUAUUUAAGGUUACAGUAAUUACUGUUUGCUCAUGCAAAUUCACGAUUCUGUUAUGAUUGGUGUGAAACUUUAAAUGCCAUGACAGAAGUUUAAAGCACAUAACAUGAAAACUAUAUCGGUGCAAUAUUCUGUACGAUAAGUAUCAAUCUUCAAAAUGAAUUAUUUAUUUAUAUUUUAUAUA